UGGUCCGUUUCAAAUAAGUAAUAUUCAAUUUACCAAUGAUACUAUUAUACUUGCUUGGGAUGGGUGUUGUAACAGUGUUGUAAAAAUAGACUUUGGGAUUUUGUUCGUAUCAUUACCACAAGUUUAUUCAUAUCGUAAACGCGAAUGCCAGGGUUCAGCCUCCAGGGCGGGACAAUCCCGUUCUUGGCUGCAACGCUCCUCCCACAUUAUAAAUAUAUAUGAGAAAAAUAGUCGACGUGCCCGUACGUAAUGACGACACAAGAAAACUGCGGCCCGCGAUUGCAGCAGCGCCUUGUCAGCGUGACGAAGAUUGGCACCCAGGACUAUAGGUGUCCUGGACUGGCAUGAGACAGAGUUGGCAUCGCUGGAGACACUGAGAUGGCAGAGCAGCUGGUUGCUAUGGAGGACUACCCCCAGGUCGACCAGAUCCUAGUCAUGGGUGUGGGAGAAGAGAUGGAAGGGCAGGAGGAGAGGAGUGUGACGGAGGAGAGGACCGAAGGAGCCGAAGGAAUCUCCUCCUCCCCUCACACCCAGACCCCCAUGGAAGCGGACAAAUCAAACAUCUACAGACACCCCCUGUUCCCCCUCUUGGCUCUCAUGUUUGAGAAGUGUGAGCAGUCCACUCAGACGCCAGAGUGUGUAAGCUCCGCCUCCCUUCGCUCCGACCUCGACAACUUCCUGAUCAGUCACAGGAAGGACAGCUCCACCGCCAACAGCCUGGACCCUGACACCGACACCCUGAUGGUGGGGGCUCUGCAGGUGUUGCGUAUCCACCUGCUGGAGCUGGAGAAGGUCAGUGACCUGUGUAAGGACUUUUGCUCGCGCUACAUCGCCUGCCUGAGGACCAAGAUGAACUCUGACACCCUGCUGGGGGCGGAGCCGGACAAUCCAGACUCUCCUGGACACACACAGAACACCAGCCCUAGUUCAGGAACCCUCAGUCCACAGGGCAUCAUGGUCCCAGCCUCGGCCCUGCAGCAUGGCAACUUCACCGUGGCAACAGUCAACCCAUCCCAGAUGGUUACAGCAGGUGGAACAGUGUACCAGCCCAUCACAGUGGUCACCCCUCAGGGUCAGGUGCUGGCACAAGGCCUCUCCCCAGGAACCUUGCGCUUCCAGAAAACACAGCUGCAGGUGCAGCUGAGCCAGGACCUGAGUUUCUACCCCCAGCAGCAGCAGCAUGAGGAGGAGAGCAGCCGGAGCAAGAGAGGAGUUCUACCCAAGCAGGCCACUAACGUCAUGAGGUCCUGGCUCUUCCAGCACAUCGCUCAUCCUUACCCAACAGAGGAAGAGAAGAAGCAGAUCGCUAUCCAGACCAACCUCUCCCUUCUGCAGGUCAACAACUGGUUCAUCAAUGCCAGGAGGCGGAUCCUCCAGCCCAUGAUUGACAGCAGCUCCUCUGACACACCCAAGAGCAGGAAACGGGCCAAUCAGAGCCGGCCGACGCAGCGCUUCUGGCCUGACUCCAUCGCCACAGCAACUGGUCUCCCCCAGGCGAUGGAGGAACAGGAUGACAACGUUACCAUGGUAACGAUGGGUGUGAGCGUGGAGGAGCUGCAGAGCCUCUCGUCGGACGGAGCCACACUCGCCAUGCAGCAAGUCAUGCUGGGAACUCACAGUGAGGAAGAGGAGGACGACGACGACGAAGAGGAGGAGGAGGAGGGAGGCAUAGCUGGACUGGGCUGAUGGGAUCUCUCGAAAUUCUGUCCUACUGUCGCUCUCCCACUUUCUCUGGCUCUCUCUCUCUUGCUCUCUGACCAUCUCGCUCUCUCUCACCCUUUUUCUCCUGCAUGCCUGUUUGAACGAUGUGUUUACCUUCUUCACACAGUCCCAGACUGUCCUAACACCUACCCUAGCUGACUAUCUAGUACACUCCAGACAUUUACACUAGCUGACUAUCUAGUACACACCAGACAUUUAUACUAGCUGACUAUCUAGUAGUACACACUUGACAUUUACAGUAGCUGACUAUCUAGUACACACCAGACAUUUAUACUAGCUGACUAACUAGUACACAUUCGACAUUUAUACUAGCUGACUAUCUAGUACACAUUCGACAUUUAUACUAGCUGACUAUCUAGUACACACCAGACAUGUAUACUAGCUGACUAUCUAGUACACACCAGACAUGUAUACUAGCCACCUAGUUCAGAGCAGUGCUGGUGUGAGGGGUUGGGACAGAUCAGACUGGGUUGCAUAUUUUUAUAUCUCAGACUUGGCAGGAACUUGUUUAUAGUUUCUCUGUUUGCAUUUCAUCAUGGCCCCUUUGUCUCUGCUGGAUUUAUCAAAUAAUAAAAUAACAAUGUUUGUCUGA